AUGAAUGAUUAUGCAAGCACAGAUCUUCUGUGGCGUGAAAUAGAUGCAAGAACGAAUUUAAAAUAUGUAAUUUUNGCCGCCGUGCCCGGCAGCGCCGUGCUCGUCACCGACUGGGCCUGGGCGCUCGUCCGCGCCGGCCGCGCCGAGCACGCCCUCGACCCCCCCUUACUGGCCAUUGGCAGCAGCGGCGGCGGCAGCGGAGCGGGCAAUCCGAAGGGGAUCAUGGUGAGGUUCGUGCUGGUGGGGAUUCUGUGCGCGCACGCGAUGGUGGCGCUGCGGCCGACGAUCGCCGACGCGCUGCGGAUGCUGGAGGGGGACCUCGAGGUGCCGGACGUUCCGGACCGGCCCACGCCGCUAGGCUUUCACGGGCUGAUAUACGGCGACGGCAGCGGGGCGGAUACGUUCGCGGCCUCGCCGGCGCUCAGCGGCCCGUGCUUGGACGCCGGAGACAUGCUCAGGUGA